AUGGGUAUUUCAGGGUUGUUACCUCAGCUCAAAAGCAUCCAACAGCCUGUAACUUUGCAUAGGUAUCGUUCGCAGACACUCGCAAUUGAUGGUUACGCGUGGUUGCACCGAUCUGCCCAUGCUUGUGCUGUCGAACUUUGUUUGGGGUUGCCAACAGACAAAUAUUUGCAGUUCUUUGUGAAGAAGCUUACAAUGUUGCGUAAUCAGUAUGGGAUUGAGCCUUAUCUUGUGUUUGAUGGGGAUAGUAUACAAGUCAAAUCAGGUACGGAAACAAAGAGACGUGAGAAACGUGAAGAAAAUCGGGCGAUUGCCAUCCGAUUAUGGGAGAGUGGUGACAGAAGGAAAUGUGUUGAGUACUUUCAGAAGUGUGUUGAUAUUACUCCGGAGAUGACGAAGGUAAUUAUUGACUAUUGCGCAACAGCUGGUUUUAAGUAUCUUGUUGCACCUUAUGAAGCGGAUCCGCAAUUGGUUUACUUGGAGAAGAGUGGGAUCGUGAGCGGUGUGAUUAGUGAGGAUUCAGAUUUGCUAGUGUUUGGAUGCCGUCGGUUGAUUACCAAGUUAAACGAAUUUGGUGAAUGUAUUGAGAUAUCACGUGGAGAUUUCCAUCAUUUGCCUUCUAGUUUCCCUUUGGGUAAGCUAGAUGAUUCUGAACUCAGGACAAUGGUGUGCUUAUCUGGUUGUGAUUACACAGCAGGCAUUCCAAAAGUGGGGCUUCUCACAGCUAUUAAACUAGUGCGUCAGUAUCGUAGCAUGGACAAGAUCUUGAUGAGUAUUCGGCGUGAGGGAAAGCGAAAAAUUCCUUCAGAGUUUGUUCAGGAAUAUACGUUUGCUGAUUAUGCAUUUCAAUACCAACGAGUGUAUUGUCCUGUUUUAAGAAAGUUAGUUACACUAAAUGAGAUACCCAAAGAGCUUCGUGAUGAUGAUCAGCUAUAUUGUUGUAUUGGAAAGGGAAUACACAAAGAAACUGGGGAGAAGUGCGUUAUAAAGAACAGCGAUUUAAUUGACCACAAAUUACAUUCGCGUAUUGCAGCAGGAGAACUUAGCCCAUAUAACUACCACCAUGCAUUGGUAAACAGGGAAAUGUUACUUUUGCGACAGAAAUCUGUUAGUCUUGGAACCAAGCCAAUUGAUUCCUACUGGAAAAAGUGCGGCGCAAAGGAAACCAUAUCUGCUUCAGUCAGCACCGCUUCUAGUACGCUGACAGUUGGAACCACUAACCAAGACCGGGUGGAUCGGUUAGUGCAGAACCGCAAGUUGUUACACACAGAGAGUACUAAUUCCCCCCAAAGCAGUAUUUUUUUCAAGCCGGUUGUAGCUCCAUCUGCCAAGCCUUUAGAGGCACCGGUUGCUACUCCUCAGAAUAAAAAUUAUGAAAAAAUGAAUAAUGAACCUGGAACUUGUAGUGAAACUGAGGGUGAAGUCACAGAGGAGCUUAUUGCAUUAGGUGAAGAGCUGAAUUUACUACCUCCUAUAUUACCGUUGGUUUCUCUAUCUCCAAAGAAGUCUGCUCAGGAUUUAUCGUCCAAUGGAAAUCACUUAGACAAGCCGUACCAAAAGGACACAAUUCAAUCGCCAACUUUAUUAGACAAAGAGAACAUUGGGGCGGAAGAUGUGAGCGAGAUUCUUGAAGAACUCGAAGAAGUGGAACAUGCUGCAAAACAUAAUGAUACCUCGAUAAAGUUUAGUAAGGAACUGUUGGCCAAUUUUAGGUAUAGAGUUGGCGUGAAUCUCACAAAACACCAACGUGUGCCCCUGGGUGAGCGUAGCACAAAUUGUAAGAUACUCAGUAAUAAAAAACUUGUGAUUACCAAGUUAAAUAAACGCUUGGUCUCUAGAUCUCUGUCAGGCGCUAGUGCUGCACCUUUGCGUCCCAGAAGUUCAGUGGAAGAUCUGGAACCACAGAUGAUAUCUGUACCAUGCAGCACCAAUAACGUUCAAAAAGCUUCCGGCAAGCGGUGUCAACGUCUUCCGCAUCGUGGCAUGCCAUCAUCCUCAUCGAAUUGCUCUCGUCAGCUCUCUCUUACAGAUUUCAUAUACAGAGGCUAA